CAACAGAAAAUAGUGGGUUUAAUAAGUGAUUGAGUGAGUGAGUGUCCAUGUAGUUAGGUGUUGUUUAUCUGAUAUUUCCUUUCUUCCUCCAUCUUCUUCUUCUUCUGACCUCUCUGACUUUGCACCAUCAUCCCCACUUCUUUCCCAUAAUUGCUUACCCUUUUCUUUUUAGCUCUGUCUCUCUCUGUCUUUCUCACCUUAUCUUCAUUUAUAUCACCUUUUAAUCCUUUUACCUACCUCCUUUUGUGGUAAAAACUAGAUUGAAAAAGAGAACCCAGUUGCCUACUUUCUCAGUCUUUUUCUUGUGGUACUUGCAGCAGCACUUUCCCUAAACCAUAGCCUUAUUCUGCAACUUCCAGGCUUAGAUAUUUAUAUGCAGGUGAAGAACAAAUACACUGACGACUAAGGAGGGCAAUCAUUCAAUUCUUCUCCUGAAUACUCGUAUAGAAGAAAUAAACUCUUGAAUUCAACAUGAUAACAGUGCCAAACUUGAACUUGGAAUUUGAGAAUGAUAAUUCAGAAGUCACAAGCCAAGUAACUUCCAACAACAUAGCUCAGCAAGAUGAAUCCCCUGAUCCCUCCAAGGACAGCACCACCACUUCGUCCUGUCUCACAAAUCAGACAAACCUUCAACAAAAUCCUGGGGAGAUGUCCCUCAACUUAUCACUCCAAUUUAGCUCCAAUGACCUUGAAUUGAAGCACAUGGCAGGGGAGACUUUCAGCGAAGUUGAAGCAGCGCCUGAUUCUGAAGCAGCAAUUCCAAGGGUAUUCUCUUGCAACUACUGUAAGCGCAAGUUCUUUAGCUCUCAAGCAUUGGGGGGACAUCAGAAUGCUCAUAAGAGGGAGAGGACAAUGGCAAAGCGUGCAUUGCGAAUGGGAAUGUUUCCUGAUCAUAGGUAUACUAGUUUGGCAUCUCUUCCCUUACACGGUUCUGCUGCUUCUGCCUUCCGGUCGCUUGGGAUUGAAGCUCACUCUGCAAUGCACCAAAACAUGUUGAUACACUCAGACCCGAGGCUACCUGUUCCUGACACAAGAGGUGUAGGAAGGUUUCAGCAGCAAGGCUAUUAUGGAGUGCCGAUGCUGAUGCCGCCAAUGCCGAUGUUCAUGGAAGAUGAUGAUGUGGGUAUGUUUUGGCCGGGGAGCUUUCGCCAGGUGGGUGAGGGAAUCCGAGGUGAGUUCAGUAUGAAUCAAUCUGCCCAAAGUACACAAAUGAUGAACUCCGGAAGGACCAUACCACCAAAAAGUAAUACAAGUUCAUCAUCUUCUUCUCCUGAUCUUACCCUAAAGCUUUGAGAUCAGUUUUUGUGUUCCUGUUUAGAUAUGAUAUUUCCUACUUAUUAAUUAAACACAACUUAAUUUGUACAGUGAGAUAUGCAUUAAUUUGUAACGGCUGCAGAGAUUUCUAAAUUUUGGUUUCUACCUGU